AUGGAUUUUAAUGUGGGACCUUUUGACUUGGAGGAUGAAACUCCGAAUGCUAUGCAGUAUAUGUAUCACCAAGAGUACGCUUCCAAAAGGAACUCCUCCAAUGAUGGCACAUUGAGUAAUGAACUACUUGAUGAUGAGAAUCAGUCAAGUUUUAGGACAGAAAAUAGCAGGCUUUCCUUUGAUGAAAUUGACCAAGAGUUCUCCCGGGCAGCUGAAGAUUUUGAAAAGCCUCCUGCUGAUCUGAAUUUUGAUCCUAAACGAAUGAUAGAGGGCAGAUAUGGAGAAAAUGAGGUAAAGGUAAUCCAAAGUGAAAAUUAUGAGUAUAAAGAAAAUGACCCUGCAUCUUUGACCUCCCAGACAAUAAAAAGUACCAAAUCGAGAAAAAGCCGGUCUCGAUCAAAUAAAAGGAUAAAGCAGUUAUCAAAUGUUGAUAUUGAAGACCAGAUCAAAUAAAAGGAAGGAAAAGCUUACUAGAAUAAAGCAAAAUGUUAAGUAUGCUCCCAAGGCAUCUACUAAUCAUGAGAUCAGACUUAAUGACCCGGAGAGAAGACAUAAGAAACUGGCGAAUCGAAACAAAGCCCUUAAAGAAGAAAAUCUUAAGCUUCAUAAGCAGAAUAAACUACUUAACUGAGAGAAUAAGAAACUACUUGAUGAGAUCCGCAUUAUGAAAACUGAGAUGAACAGGAUCUUGUCAAGUAAAGCUCCUACCUGAAGGAACAACGAGUAUUCAACCUUAACUGGUGGCCAUCCUUCUGUGAGGAGUAGUUCCUUAACGAAGAACAAAGCUUCAGGAUCUACAACUGUUAAGAAUAACAACCAUAAGAAGUCUAAGCCAAAGAACAAACCCAAAGAUUCUGUGCAAAUUACCAAGAAUGAUUUUGAACAGAUUCUGGAUAGCUUGACAAGUUUUCAAAAUAGGCUAAAAAUUCCAAACGAAUUAAUGGAAAAUAAUGAAGCUUUGCAAGUAGAGAAUAGUAUCCUCCGACAAGCGCUUGAAAUAUAUGAGGAUCAGAUCCCAAAGAUGUAUAAAGAGCACCUAAAUAACCUUCUUGGGGAUUUAAAGCCAAACUUUACGCCUCGUGAGAUAAAAAUGAUUUCAAUGUCUAAUUACUGGAGAGAUAAGACCAAUCAUCUGAUUAAGAAAUAUACCAAGGUUAUUAAAGCUUUUAGAUCUGCAUUUACGAAGGAAACUCAGAAUAAUUUAGAUACUCUGACUCAGAUCAAGAGCUUACAGAAUUUAAGAUAA